GUCUUUUGUUUAAACAAACCUCAAAAUGAAGAAGUACCAAUUGAAGUUCACUUUUUUGUUUCACAAAUCAAUUCCAAGCCAUGGGAAGGAAUCUUGGAGAGAGGGGGGAGCGAAUGAGCGAUCAAGGAGGAGAAGAAGAAGAAGGAAUGAAAGGAAGGAAGGAAGGUUCCAGGAAGAUGCAGCAGUGGUGGGGCCCGCCCCGACGCGGAAACUGAGGGAUCCUCAUCAUGGCAUCAUUCAUUAAUUUCCCUCUCCCCUCUACGAUCCCAUACCAAAAUAAUAAUUACACAAAAG